AUGCAUAUCUAUACAACAUGUGGUGUUUGGGAGUUUGGAGCAACCACGGGAUGGGUUUUUACGGCUGAUGAGAGAGGGGCUAGGCUACUGUUAUUGGAAUCAACUUCUACCUUAGAGGAUUUUAAAAGAAUGGUUUUGGAAGAUUUUGAUAUGGAAGAAGAUAGCUUACCCGAUUUGGAGUUGAGUUAUCUACCUAAUGAGUUGAUCAAUACAUCAACUUGUCCGCCUGUGAUCAUUGCAAAUGAUCGACAGCUUCAGAAUUUUGUUUGUUUUGUUCAAAAGUGUGUUUCUACUCGAUUGUGUGUAACAUCUAAAGCCAAAGUUGAGAAUCUGAAUGAACCAGACUUUGAUCUUAACAAGUCGCCAGCUGAUUCAACUACUGCUCAAGAGGAGGGAAACUCGGUUGAUAGGGGGAAUGAACCAGCUCCUGUGUUUGUUGAGAGGCAGUGCGAGGAAAAGAAAGAAAAGAUUAGAAGAGUCGAAGUUGAUGAGGAUGCCUAUCAUGCCGAUACCAUGAUCUCGGCCAAAGAGGACGUACAUAAGAUGUCAAAGUUUUCUGUGCUCAAUGUUGUUAAGAAGGGACAAUUGUUUGAGAACAAAACUUUGCUGAAGGCGACUUUUGAGAUAUGUGCAAUGAAGCAUAACUUUCACUAUGAGGUUAUCAAAACGGAUAGACAACUUUGGUACGUUAGAUGUGAGGAUAAUGCAUGCAAUUGGUGUGUUCGAGCAGAGUGUUUGCAGGAUUCUGAAUAUUUCAUUAUCAAAAAGUAUGUCGGUGAACAUACAUGUGCACCUUCAAACAAAACCAAACCGGGUAGGACUGCUUCGGCCAAAACUAUAGGCAGUCUGAUUAUGCAUAGGUAUGAAGGGGUUAAGGAAGGGCCGAAAUGCAAUGAUAUAAUACAGAUUAUGCUUAUGGAUCAUGGCUGUGAGAUCACGAAAUCUUUAGCAUGGGAUGCUCGUGAAUAUGCGGUUAAUGCUGUUAGAGGUAUACCAGAGAGAAGUUAUGGAAAAAUACCGAAAUACUUGCACAUGCUCAGAGAGGCUAAUCCGGGAACACAUUCAUCGUAUGAGAUUGACAGCAAAGGGAGAUUUCGGUACCUGUUUAUUGCAUUUGGGCAAUCGCUACGAGGAUUUAACAGAGUCAUAAGGAGGGUUAUUGUGGUUGAUGGCACUUUUCUGAAGAACAAAUACAAAGGAGUUCUAUUGGUUGCAACUGCUGUAGACGGAAAUUCUAAUUUGUAUCCUCUUGCAUUCGGAGUAGUCGACUCAGAGAAUGAAAAUUCUUGGGAAUGGUUUAUGAGACAACUAAAUAGUGUCAUUGCUGAUGAUCAUCAUUUGGCUUUCAUUUCGGAUAGACAUGCGGCCAUUGCUAAGGCGCUUGAGACUGUGUAUCCAACAGCUAAACAUGGUAUUUGCAUUCAUCAUUUGUUGAAUAAUGUGGUAACAUAUUACCAUGGGAAAGGACUUGUUGGUCCGGCAAUUGGAAAAUACCUAAGGGAUGCUGAAGUCCAAAAGUGGGCAAGAUGUCAAUUCUCUGGAUAUAGAUAUGACAUAAGGACAACAAACCCUGCCGAAUCCAUCAACUCUGCUUUGCGUUCGCCGAGAGAGUAUCCAAUCAUUCCCUUGUUGGACAGUAUCAGAGAAAUGCUGACUCGGUGGUUUUAUAACCGUAAGAAAAAGAUUUCAAAGCAUAAUCAUCCUCUUACCGAAGAUGUGGAGAAAAAGAUUGAAAGGAGAACCGAGAAAGGCAAAAGAUUUGCAGUUUACCCUGUCAGCGAUGGUCGCUUGCUUGUUAGAGGUGAUAAAAUCGACUGCUUAGUUGAUUUGGAUAGACGUACUUGCUCAUGUGGGAAGUACAACCUGAUGAAGAUACCUUGUCGGCACGCAAUUAAAGCUGGGUUUCAUGUUGGCAGACAGCCACACACAUUAACUGAUUUAUUUUACACUACAGAAGCUUGGCGAGAAGCUUAUCAUGAAAGCAUCAAUCCUAUUGCUGUUCCUGAGGAUGCUUGGUCCAUGCCAGAAGAUGUUGUCGUGGACAAUGUGCUACCACCAGAGUCAAGAAAAUCAGUUGGAAGGAAUAGAAAACGGAGAUAUGAAACUGUUGAAGAUAAACUUCGGUCAUCGCAAACAUCACAAAAGAGGCAGCCUCGCAAGUGUAGUAGAUGUGGUAUUAGUGGGCACAACAGAGCAACUUGUAAAAUACCAAUAUAG